AUGUUGUGCGAGAAGUGCAAACUAUUUAACGCUUUGGUUGAAGUGGCCUUCCAAAAAUCACAGGAGGAUUUAAUCGAAGCAGAGCAGCAGACCCAAUCAAAAUCCAACAUGUCAUCAUUCCCCUUUAACCCUCCUCGGCGGCCAAGAACCAAAAGAGAAGAAAUCAUAAACAAGCCUGUAAUAGAAACCGCCGAUCAUUCCAAAGUCGAAGAUAAAGAAGAACAAGAAUAUUCCGACAAGAAGGCGAAGAAAAGGAAGUCGUCAGAUAAUCUGAAGAAGAAAAAGGAAGCCAUCGGGAACGGGCCCCCGACACCGCCUCCCCUUCCGGAAGAAUUCAAGAAGACGAUCCAAGAAAUCGGGAGUGGCAAAAAUAUAUCCGAGGAGGCGGAGAUGAAGCUGGUUAUCCAAAAGGGAUUGUUCGAAACGGAUUUAGCUGCCGGAAAUAACAGACUUUCAAUCCCUUUCACACGGGUUCGCGAUCACGGGUUCUUGACGGAAGAGGAGGCUCGUUUCCUCACGACACGCGACCGCAACAACAAGAUGAAGUUCAAAGACGUCACGAUUAUCGAGCCCUCGUUGCGACGAGAGAAAGUGAAGCUGAGCAGAUGGGAUAUGAAAAAGGGUAACGGCAAGAAUACGUGUUCCAGUUACGUAAUAAACGGAAAAUGGAGACACAUUGUCGAGAGGAAUCGUCUUGAACCCGGGGAUGUGGUUCAGUUAUGGUCUUUUCGGAUCGAUCAAGAGUUGCAUUUCGCUCUUGUCAAGCUCCCAGGUAAUAAAUAAAUUUGGGUUCGUUAAUUAGUUGUGAUUAGGGUUUGUUCACCGGUAAUUAGAUUAUGGGAUGUACCAUAAGUUUUGGAUAUUAGGGUUUUCAUAUUUUUGUUUACAUAUAUACUGACAACUUUUUAUUUUGUUUUUCGAUCCUUUUACGAAAGUUAUCGACUUCUCGACGUUCUCGAUCUUUUUAUCGAGUUUAUUGAGUUUGAUUAGUUAUAAAUUUUCUUCUUGUUGGUUGAUUAAUUUUCUAAUUUUUUUCUUUUUUAUGUUAUAUAAUUUGACUGAUAAAUUUUGGUAGAUAUUUAUUGUUCUUCUUUUCUUUCACGUACAUCGGUACGUUAAAUAGAAUUUAUAGUUGACAUUAAUUUGCAUAAAUAUAAUGUU